CCUGCCACCGAACACCCCCUCACCCUCCUCCGCCCACUCCCAGCCUCGCCUCGCCGCCACACUCCCCACUCCCACUGCGCUGCUCCGUCGAGCCAGCUCGCUGAUCAGAGAAGAUGAGGGAGAUCCUCCACAUUCAGGGUGGUCAAUGUGGAAACCAGAUUGGUUCCAAGUUCUGGGAGGUGGUUUGUGACGAGCAUGGCAUCGACCCCACUGGGCGGUAUGUCGGCACCUCUGACCUGCAGCUGGAGCGUGUCAAUGUCUACUAUAAUGAGGCCUCAUGCGGCCGCUUUGUGCCCCGGGCUGUUCUUAUGGAUCUGGAGCCUGGUACUAUGGACAGUGUUCGUACUGGACCAUACGGGCAGAUCUUCCGCCCUGACAACUUCGUGUUUGGGCAGUCUGGUGCUGGUAACAAUUGGGCCAAGGGUCAUUACACCGAGGGUGCAGAGCUCAUUGACUCUGUUCUUGACGUUGUCAGGAAGGAGGCUGAGAACUGUGACUGCCUUCAAGGUUUCCAAGUAUGCCACUCUCUUGGUGGUGGUACUGGAUCAGGCAUGGGGACACUUUUGAUAUCAAAGAUCAGGGAGGAGUACCCAGACCGCAUGAUGUUAACAUUCUCUGUUUUCCCUUCACCGAAAGUAUCUGAUACUGUGGUUGAGCCUUACAAUGCCACUCUUUCGGUCCAUCAGUUGGUUGAGAAUGCAGAUGAGUGCAUGGUUCUUGACAACGAGGCCCUUUAUGACAUCUGUUUCAGGACUCUUAAGCUGACCACUCCCAGCUUUGGAGAUUUGAACCAUUUGAUCUCUGCCACCAUGAGUGGAGUGACCUGCUGCCUGAGGUUCCCUGGCCAGCUGAACUCCGACCUCCGGAAGCUGGCAGUGAACCUGAUCCCCUUCCCACGUCUCCACUUCUUCAUGGUUGGGUUCGCGCCCCUGACCUCCCGCGGCUCCCAGAUGUACCGCUCCCUCACCGUCCCGGAGCUCACCCAGCAAAUGUGGGACUCCAAGAACAUGAUGUGCGCCGCGGACCCCCGCCACGGCCGCUACCUCACUGCCUCGGCCAUGUUCCGUGGCAAGAUGAGCACCAAGGAGGUGGACGAGCAGAUGAUCAACGUGCAGAACAAGAACUCAUCCUACUUCGUGGAGUGGAUCCCCAACAACGUCAAGUCGAGCGUGUGCGACAUCGCGCCGAGGGGCCUGUCCAUGGCGUCCACCUUCAUCGGCAACUCCACGUCCAUCCAGGAGAUGUUCCGGCGUGUGAGCGAGCAGUUCACGGCCAUGUUCCGGCGCAAGGCCUUCCUUCACUGGUACACGGGCGAGGGCAUGGACGAGAUGGAGUUCACCGAGGCCGAGAGCAACAUGAACGACCUCGUCGCCGAGUACCAGCAGUACCAGGACGCCACCGCCGACGAGGAGGAGGAACUGUACGAGGACGAGGACGACGCCGACCUUCAGGAGUAGGGAGGGGCGAGGUCUGUUCUUGGUCGUCGUGCUCAGGGUCAGGGGGCUAUUUCUGAUGGCUCCCUGUCGCUGCUAGUAGUUUGUAUGUUGCGGUUUGGGUGUGACGGGGCUGCCCCCAUCUUCGGGGAGUCGUGGACUUGUUGCUUGUGUAGUUUGCAUUUGUCAGAGUUAAUUUGGUAGUCAGUUUGUUGGCGGUGAACUUGAAUAUCUAGCAGGUUUGUAAUAUGGCUCGUUCUGAAUCCCAAGGAAUGUUUGCUGUUUGA